AUGCUCGCCGAUGCAGAGUCGAACGGCUCCAGCGCCAGUCCGAGUCGACAGAGUGCCUCCGACACCCACAUCCAGACCUCCACUUCCAAUGGCAUCCACAAAACCCCCACCGCCCCCAAGGGCUCGACAUCACCGCUCGCACCAUCGGACAAGCCUCUGUAUUUUGGCCACAACCGGGAGGAGGUCACCCGUCUUCUGAUCCAGACCCUGGCCGACAUGGGCUUUGAGGAAGCGGCAGAAAGCGUUCGUCGGGAAAGCGGAUGCGAGCUGGAGAACCCCACUGUCGCCGCCUUCAGGAACAGCGUCCUUCGGGGCGCCUGGGAAGAUGCCGAGGAUCUCCUGUUCGGCGCCGUGGCUGGCGAUGACAGUACCUUGGGGGGCAACGGGCUCGUCCUGGGCCGCGGCACCGAUAAGACCGCUCUGCUGUUUUUGAUCCGUCGCCAAAAGUUCCUUGAGCUGCUGGAGAGGAAGGAGACGACGCAGGCCCUUGUGACACUACGCACCGAGCUCGCGCCGCUGUACCAAAACUCCGAGAAGCUGCAUUUCCUCUCCGGCCUCCUCAUGUGCGACUCGACUGAAGACCUGAAGGCCCAGGCGGAUUGGGAUGGCGCCCAGGGACGGUCGAGGCACGCACUGCUGACGGAGUUGUCGAACUGCAUCUCACCCUCGGUGAUGCUCCCCGAGAACCGUCUGGCCGUCCUCCUGCAGAAGGUGAAGCAGAGCCAAGUUGAUAGCUGUCUAUGGCACACGCAGUCGGCGUCGCCAUCGCUAUACUCUGACCACUCGUGUGACCGGAAUCAGUUUCCCACGGUAAUCGCCUUGCAACUCAAUGACCAGAAGGGUGAGGUGUGGGGAGUCCAAUUCUCUCACGACGGCAACCGGCUCGCAGCUUUCGGCAAUGACGACGCCGUGACCAUUUGGGGUGUCCCUUUUUUUAAUGUCGUGCGGACUUUGGGAGAUCACAACGAAGGCGUCGCCAAUCUCUCGUGGAGCCCCGACGACUCGAUGAUCGUUACCUGUGCCCUGGACAAGUAUGCCAGGCUAUGGAAUGCCGAGACGGGUGAGCUGCUGAAAAAGCUCGAUCGCUUCGGGGAACCCAUCACUGGCUGCGUCUGGGCUCCGGAUGGGCGGAGCUUUACCGUCAGUUCUUUGGACAAGAAGCACAGCAUCCGGACCUAUAACCUCGACGGCGUAUUGGUCCACGACUGGGGAAAGAGCCACCGAGUGCAAGACUUGUGCGGGUCCCGAGACGGGCGGUGGAUGGUCGCCGUGGACGAUCAUCAGACGAUCCACGUAUACAAUGGAAUCACCCGCAGCCCCGAGUUCGAGAUGCAGAUGAAAGUUCGCCCCACGUCCGUCAGCAUAAGCGAGGACUCUUCGCUCCUGCUUGUCAAUAAGCAGGAUUCAGAGGCACAACUGAUUGAGCUCGCCACGCGUUCCGUGAGCCAAAAGCUGCUCGGUCACACCAGCGGCAAGUACUUAAUCCGCAGUGCAUUUGGGGGUGCCAAUGAGAGUUUUGUCCUCAGCGGCAGUGAAGACGGAAACAUCUUGAUCUGGCACAAAAAUACUGGUGCCGUCGUGGAAAGGCUACCAGGACAUGCCCCCCGGGCCAAUGCCGUAGUAUUUAACCCGACCAACCCGUUCAUGAUCGCUUCGUGUGGUGAUGACGGUCUAGUCAACAUGUGA